AGUUGGCCAGGCUGGCCUGACUGACAGACAACAACAGUCCAAACUGAGCAAACCAAAACUCUCAACUAGACUUCCAGUGAGUUGCACUGCAAACGAAGAAGAAGAAGAAGAAGAAAAUCAUUUUUUAGGUGUUGGAUUAACCCACUGAAGACCUGUUUGGAAGACUUUUUGGUUUUGGAGGUCACCAUGAAAAGCCUGGAUCUGCUCCUGCUGGCAUGUUGCUUAUGCAGCCUGAGCACGUUGGGAGGUGCAUCUGAAAUGGAGCAGAUUAUGAUGAAGAAGCUCUUCGCCAACUACAACGUAAAGGUCCGGCCAGCACCCAGCCCUGAAGAGAGGGUGGUGGUCCGUGUGGGAAUGAUCCUCUCCUCCUUCGUUGGACUGAAUAUGAAAAAUGAAGAGAUGAGCACUGUGGUUGUCAUGAAUCUGGAAUGGACAGAUCAUCGGUUGACAUGGAAACCCAAGCAACAUGAUGGGAUUGAAGUGUUGCGUAUCCCCGCUGCAAGGGUUUGGCUGCCUGACAUCGUCCUCAUCAAUAAUAAUGAUGGGGUGUUUGAUGUGGCCUUGCAUGUCCAUGUGCAGGUUUAUAGUAAUGGCAGAGUAACCUGGACUCCCCCUGCACUAUACUGUAGCUCCUGUGGAGUUAAGGUAACGUACUUCCCAUUCGACUGGCAGAACUGCACCAUGCAGUUCCGCUCCUACACGUAUGACUCGACAGAGAUCGACCUGCAGUAUGCACUUGACUCAAAGGGCAACGAGAUACGGGAGAUCCAACUGGACGAGGCUUACAGCGAGGGCGGCGAGUGGCGCAUCAUGCACAAGCCGAGCAGGAAGAGCACGAAUGACGAUCUGUACGAGGACAUGAUCUUCUACUUGAUCAUUGAGAGGAAGCCUCUGUACUACGUCCUGAACAUCAUCCUCCCCUGUAUUCUCAUCACCAUCAUCGCCAUCUUUAACUUCUACCUGCCUCCUGAUGCAGGUGAAAAGAUGGGUCUGUCCAUCAACGUGCUGCUGACCCUCACUGUGUUCCUGCUGCUGCUGGCUGAUAAGAUCCCUGAGACGUCACUUGGCGUCCCCAUCAUCGUCAACUACAUCAUGUUCACCAUGAUCCUGGUCACCUUCUCCGUCAUCCUCAGUGUGGUCGUCCUUAACCUGCAUCACCGCUCGCCCAACACCCACCUGAUGCCCAUGUGGGUCCGCAAGAUCUUCAUCCACAUGCUACCUCCUUACCUUGGCAUGCUACGGCCAAAAGUGGAGACCCCCCUGUCGCUGGAGACCCUGCCCCGCCGGGAGAAAAAGAAGAUGGCCAUCAGCAAAGUGGCCGAUGAAUACUUUAUCCGCAAACCGGACUCCUCCAUCUUGUUCCCCAAGCCUAACAGGUUUCAGCCAGAGGGCAUGUGUACGGACCUGAGGAAAUUUAUCGACGGCCCCAGCAGCUACCUAUCGUUACCUGAAGAGCUGAAGUCGGCCAUAGACGCCAUCACUUAUAUCGCAGAGGCUCUGCAGGCUGAGAAGGACUAUGAAGCUCUGAGAGAGGACUGGCAGUACGUGGCUAUGGUCGUGGACCGCAUGUUCCUCUGGAUCUUCGUCGUCUUCACCACCGUGGGAACCUUGGCCAUCUUCGCCGAUGCCAGCUUCAACCACACUCCCACCGACCCCUUCAAGUCCCCCUGAGGCGUUGGAUCUUUUGCGUUUCUUGAACCGUCUUCUUCCUGAUGUACCACCUUUUUUUUUUUUUUUUUUUUUUUUUUAAAUACGGGGAAGAAGAAAUCGCUGUAUUAAAGUGCCAACUGAUUUUCCGUGUGUAGAUCACUAUGGGCACAUCCCAGCCUCAGUAUUGUUGCCAUAGAUCAUUUAAACUGUAUUACACAUGCAAUGGCAUUGAUUAUUGCAUGAUACAUAACUACCAAGCCAAUGUUGUAGCAUGUCUUACGUGUAAAACUACAUUUAUCUAAACUACAGGUGUGGGUUUUUUUUUUUGUAGUUAUAGUAGAUCUGAAGGGUGUGGAUCCAGCGUCUGAUAUUCAUAUGUGGUGUUAACAGAUAAACACCAAGGCAAAGCAGAAUGAGCGAGCUGUAUGCCUUUCAUUUCCCUGUGUCAGAAUGUGCCGGAGUGUGGCACAUGGCUCGGUGGAUAUUUUUGCAACCGUAGUAAUCCUCUUUGUAUUUCCAGCACGGGUGUAUGUGUGCGGAGCGUGGAGCGACAUGCCCGCUCUUUUCACCAGCUGCGCCAAUAGCCUGUGGAAUUCCCCAUCAUAUAGAAGACCCGUGCCUUUCAGGGUUUUGUUUUCUUGCAGCCACACACACACACACACACACACACACACACACACUCGCACACGCACACAGCAUGUCAUUUUGGUUUCUCUCACAUGACACAAACACACACCUGCUUUUUUAAUCUUGUGCUUUCAUUCUCAUGUUUUGUUGUUGUUUUUUUAAAUAAAGAUCUGAGGGGAG